AGCGCAGCACAUCUACUUACCGCACAAGCUAGCGCGCGCAGGAGCUCAGCUCAGGCAGGAGCGGGAGAGAUGGAGAAGGCGGAGGAGGCGGCGGCGGCGGCGGCGCAGGAGCAGUGGCAGGGCGUGGUGGAAGCCAACCUGCCGUCGACCCCGGCCUCUGCCGCGUGGCCGCACAUCGCGAGCUUCUGCGCGCUGCACCGGUACCUCCCGGGCAUCGACGUGUGCGAGCUCGCGGCGGGGGAGGACGGGCGGCCCGGGUGCGUCCGCUACGUGGCCUCCCUGGUGCCGGGCACCACGACCGGGGAGGUCCGCAGCUGGGCGCGGGAGAAGCUGCUGGAGAUCGACGACGGCGCCCGGCGGCUCGGCUACGCCGUCGUCGGCAGCAGCAUGGGGUUCGGCAGCUACGUCGCCACUAUGAGCGUCGUCGCUGGCGACGCCGACGAGGGGUGCAGGCUGGUCUGGGCGUUCGAGUGCCAGCCCGUGCAGGGGUGGAGCCGCGACGGGCUCCUCGCCUACCUCGACGGCGGCGUCAGGGCCAUCGCCGCGCGGAUCGAGGAAGCCGCCCGUGCCGCUUACGCCGCCGCCAAUGCGACGCCGGAGGAGGCGGCGGCGUCGGUCGCCGCCAAUGCUUGACAAGUCUAGUUCCGAGAGGAAUCGAAUCGACAGUCGACAGAUGCAUGCAUUUCUGUAUUGAGAUGAGAAUAUUACUGUACGUCGUCAAACUUAAUUAAUGCGUUGUUAAUCGCAA